AUGUCGAAUCAGUCUGGUAUUAUUGCAGAUCAAAAUUUAUUGGACUCGUUAAGUGACGUCAAGACUGGAGGAAUUGUCGUUAUAACUGCCAAGAUAUCCGAUGACUCAACUGCGGUCCACCUGGAUAAAAAAUACGAGUCAUUGAAGGAGGCUGCUAAUGACCUAGGUUCAGUUCCCCUAUACCUCUUUGUUAAAGGGUUGCUCGAUGACAAAAGUCAGUACUAUUUUGCCUCGUAUGUGCCAGAUUCAUCGCCCGUUAGGGGGAAGAUGCUUUAUGCCUCGACGAAAAAUACUCUCAUUAGACAGAUAGGUUCCAAUUCCAUUGGUAAACAAGCUCAUUUGACUGAUGCAGAGCAAUUGCUCGAUUUGGGUAAUAAAAAGGACGCUCAGGAUGAUUCAGCAUUGACUGAAUCUGAGAGAACUGAUAUUCAAAUAUCACAACAACAACAACGGUUAAAGGCAUCUACUUUCUACCCUGGUGGCAGGAAACUUGUGUCUCAAACAAAUGGAUCAUCAAAAUCACUAUCUUUCCAAUUAGCGUCUGGCGAAUCUUCAAUUGAAGAACUUUUGAAGAGUUUCAAUGUGCUCACUUUCAAAAUAGAUAUGGAUAGUGAGCAGAUUCAAGUGGAAUCUAAAGACAAUAUAACUUCACCAAAGGAUCUUAAGAUCACUAGUGAACAUCCUAGUUACGUUGUUUACAGAAAUGGGGACCUAUAUUACUUCAUUUACAGUUGCCCUUCGGGUAGUAAGGUAAAAGAGCGUAUGGUGUACGCUUCCAAUCGUUCAGGCUUUGUUUCACGUUUGCAGGAUGAGCACGAUUUAAAAUUUGCUAGGAUAGUCGAGAUUGGUGAACCAAUCGAGUUGGAGCAUUCGUUGAUUUCUUGCGCGAGUGCUGAAGAGCAGGCCCAGGAGGAAGCCAGAUCAAAAUCUGCCACGGAGACCAAAUUUAACAGGCCAAAGGGUCCCGCAAGGAAAAGAGGACACAACUAA